CCAAUGGAGUUUUGUUAAUCGCAUUGUCUUUAAUCAUGUUCGUCAAGCCAUUGCAAAAAGCAUCAAGCCUCUCUCUUAGCCAGAACCCAACUCAUUCGCAGUACGAGAUCACAGAUCAUGGCUAUGGAAAAGAUGCAGUUAAGGUUCUUCAUGUCAGUCGGAAAGGACCAGUGCACACGAUUCACGAAUUCGAGGUGGGCACACAUCUGAAAUUGUACAGCAAAAAGGACUACUACCAGGGCAACAACUCCGAUGUGGUGGCCACCGAUUCGCAGAAGAACACUGUCUACUUGCUGGCCAAGAAGCACGGCAUCGAGAGUCCAGAAAUGUUUGCCCUACUUUUGGCCAAACAUUUCCUCAACAAGUACUCGCAUGUGGAGGAGGCCCAUGUGCACGUGGAAGCCUAUCCCUGGCAACGUGUGUGCCAGGAGGAGACCAAGACCAUGUGGAAUGGAAAGGGUGCAUGCAACGGCGAUCCCAAGCUGGGUAACUGCAACUUCAGUUCCAUCGAUGACCGCCAACUACACAACCAUGCGUUCAUUUUCACCCCAACGGCUCAGCACUACAGUGAUGUGGUCAUGCGAAGGAAUGAUCCCAAACAAACCGUCAUCAGUGGGAUCAAAGGCCUCCGUGUACUGAAGACCACCCAGUCGUCGUUUGUUAACUUUGUCAACGACGAGUUUCGUUCGCUUCCCGAUCAAUAUGAUCGCAUCUUCAGCACCGUGGUGGACUGCUCCUGGGAGUACUCCGAUACCGAGUCGGUAAACUUUUCGCGGGCUUGGCAAACAGUUAACAACAUCAUCUUGAAGAACUUUGCCGGUGAUCCCAACAUUGGUGUCUCCUCCCCUUCGGUCCAACACACUUUGUAUCUCAGCGAAAAGGAAGUGCUGGAUGUCUUGCCCCAAGUUUCCGUCAUAUCGAUGACAAUGCCGAAUAAGCAUUACUUUAACUUUGAUACAAAACACUUUCAGAAAAUCGUUCCAGGCGACAAUAAUGAGGUGUUCAUACCUGUGGAUAAGCCACAUGGUACCAUCUAUGCACAAUUGGCUCGAAAGGAUUUAAGGAGUCGUCUAUAAGUUUUAAUGUAAUUAACAAUGAUAAAAAAUAAAGUAAAUAGAAAAGUA